GCAAGAAUAAAAUAGAACCGGAUUAAUUACUAAAAUAAACCAAACUGCUUUGCGGGCUGUGUAAUAGUGUUAUAAGUGUUUGUGUUCGAGUUAAACGGAAGCAAAGUAAACCGAGUCAGCAAUUAAGCAACUUACUUUGUGGCAAGCGUCUGCGUGCCUUGUGGAACGGGGAAAGGUGACGAGGGACGCUGCAACAAAAAAAGGAGUGGUAGCUUGGAUUUAAAUUGAAGUCAAACCGCCGGGUGGUGCACUCAAUUUCCCCCCAAAAAAAGGAGUAUAUAAAUGAAUAUAUUUUUUAAGCCAGCUCCUGGAGAGCCCAGCAAUAUAGCCGAUAUUUAGGCCAACAAGAGGAACUCUAUACGUGAUUGAGCGGUGAACGAUAAACUUUGGAUGCGGCAACAUACCUGAAGAAGAUCCACAGCAAGAACACAACACAUGCCACGCUCAGUGCAAGCAGUCGACAGCAGCAACAACAAUAUGUAGGCGGCGCACAGAAGCAGCAUCAGCAGUAACAACAACAACAGAACCAAUUCAGCAACCAACAAGCAGCAAUUCCCAUCCAACUUUAAGAACAAAAUAUUUAACACAAAAUACAUCGCGAGGAGGAGGAGCACAAAAGAGGAGGAUUUUUUACACCGGAGUGCCGGACAAGCAUGCAGCACGUGAGCGCUGCGAGCUCGGUGCCAUCAGUUGUAGCCCCGGUCGUGACCACUGGUGGAACCACCAUCACCCUCGGCGGACCGCCGCCAUUGCCUAAAUCAGAGAACAAAGAGGAUGGCAAACCGCCGCACGGCAUAGAAAUGUACAAGGUGAACAUUGAGGAUAUCUCCCAGCUGUUUACAUACCACGAGGUCUUUGGCAAGAUCCACGGCGAUGUUGUGAAUCAUCAGCUGGCGGCGGCGCAUGGCGGACAAUUGCCGCCGCCACCACCCCUGCCACCGCAGACGCAUGCCGUGAGUGCAGCAGCAGCAGCGGCUGCAGCAUCCACCAAUAAUGCCGCUGUGGCGGCCGUAAUGGCCUCAGCGAAUGCUGCUGCAGCGGCAGCGGCGGCCGCUUCGGCGGCGGGCGGCAACGGCCUGCCGGUGGCGACCAGCUCCGGCGGUCAGCAGGGCAGCGCAACGGUUACGACGACCAGUUCGACGGCGAGCAGUGGCAGCGGCAACAGCGGUAGCGGGGGCACCACAACCACGGCGGGUGAGUUGCUUAUGCCUAAAAUGGAGGGCGGCAUUCAUGGCGUGGACGGGCAGUCGACCGUGGCGCUGGCCCCAGACGGGACGCCGAUUGCGACGGGGACCCAUGUGUGCGACAUUUGUGGCAAGAUGUUCCAGUUUCGGUAUCAGCUGAUCGUGCACCGUCGCUACCACAGCGAACGCAAGCCGUUCAUGUGUCAGGUGUGCGGACAGGGUUUCACCACGUCGCAGGACCUGACACGCCAUGGCAAAAUCCACAUCGGUGGCCCCAUGUUCACCUGCAUCGUGUGCUUCAAUGUGUUUGCCAACAACACCAGUCUGGAGCGGCAUAUGAAACGUCAUUCCACGGACAAGCCAUUCGCCUGCACCAUUUGCCAAAAGACCUUUGCCCGCAAAGAGCAUCUGGACAAUCACUUUCGCUCGCACACGGGCGAAACGCCCUUCCGUUGCCAGUACUGCGCCAAGACGUUUACGCGCAAGGAGCAUAUGGUUAACCAUGUGCGCAAACACACGGGUGAGACGCCACAUCGUUGCGAUAUUUGUAAGAAGUCCUUUACGCGCAAGGAACACUAUGUUAACCACUACAUGUGGCACACUGGUCAAACACCGCAUCAGUGUGAUGUAUGCGGCAAGAAAUACACGCGCAAGGAGCAUCUAGCAAAUCAUAUGCGAUCGCAUACCAACGAGACGCCGUUCCGUUGCGAGAUCUGUGGCAAGAGCUUUAGCCGCAAGGAGCACUUCACCAAUCACAUACUCUGGCAUACAGCAGGCGAGACGCCGCAUCGGUGCGACUUCUGCUCCAAGACGUUUACGCGCAAGGAGCACUUGUUAAAUCACGUGCGCCAGCAUACGGGAGAGUCGCCACAUCGCUGCUCCUACUGCAUGAAGACGUUCACGCGCAAGGAGCAUCUGGUUAAUCACAUACGCCAGCACACGGGUGAGACACCGUUCAAGUGCACGUACUGCACGAAAGCGUUCACGCGCAAAGAUCACAUGGUUAAUCAUGUACGGCAACAUACAGGCGAAUCGCCGCACAAGUGCACAUACUGCACCAAGACGUUCACGCGCAAGGAGCAUCUAACGAACCAUGUGCGCCAGCACACGGGCGACUCACCGCACCGUUGCUCCUACUGCAAGAAGACCUUCACACGCAAGGAGCACCUGACGAAUCAUGUGCGCCUGCACACGGGCGACUCGCCGCACAAGUGCGAGUACUGCCAGAAGACAUUCACACGGAAGGAGCACCUGAACAACCAUAUGCGCCAGCACUCAAGCGACAAUCCGCAUUGCUGCAACGUUUGCAACAAGCCGUUCACCCGCAAAGAGCAUCUGAUCAAUCACAUGUCACGCUGUCACACCGGCGAUCGACCCUUCACCUGCGAGACAUGCGGCAAAUCCUUCCCCCUCAAGGGCAAUCUGCUCUUCCAUCAGCGCAGCCACACCAAGGGCCAGGAGAUGGAGCGUCCGUUCUCGUGCGAGAAGUGCCCCAAGAACUUUAUCUGCAAAGGUCACUUGGUCUCGCACAUGCGCUCCCAUUCGGGCGAGAAACCGCACGCGUGCACACUGUGCAGCAAGGCUUUCGUCGAGCGCGGCAAUUUGAAGCGCCACAUGAAGAUGAAUCACCCGGAUGCUAUGAUGCCGCCACCACCCGUGCAUCCGCAUCCGCAAAUACCGGCUGGUGUGCUGACGCAAGUCAAGCAGGAAGUGAAACCGAUCAUAAUUCCCCACCACUCGGCGACGACCACGAUGCACACCAUCCAGCAGAUAACGGCCGGUGCCGCUGGCGGAGCGGGUGCGGUCCAACUGACGCCGGGUCUGGUGCCAUUGGUGACCUCGACGCUGAUUUCGCACAAUGCUGCCGCUCAGCAGCAGUCGCAGAAGCAGCAGGCCGCUCAGCAACAGGCUGCCGCUGCGGCUGCCCAACAACAGGCAGCCGCGCAGCAGCAGGCGGCAGCGGCGGCCCAUCAGCAGCAUCAGCAACAGGUGGCGGCACAGCAUCAGCAGCAGGCGGUGGCCGCACAUCAGCAACAGCAGCAGCAGCUUCAGCAGCAGCAACAACUGCUGCAGCUCUCGAUACAGCAGGCUGCCCAUCAUCAUCAGCAGCAGGAGCAGCAUCGGCAGCAGCAUCAACAGCAGCAGCAGCAACAUCAUCAGCAGCAGCAGCAGGGCCAUCCGCAGGCCCCACCACCGCCGCAACAGCAGCAACAGCCACCGCCACAGGUGCCCAUUGCCUUGAUCAGUGAUCCCAGUGCGCUGGCCCGUGCUGCCAUGCAGCUGCAACAUUUGCCGGCCAAUGUCGAACAGCAUCCGGUGGUUUACUAACAGUAGCCCCCCCUCCUGCACGGCUAUGCACCCGCCACAGCCCACAGUAGUAGUGCCCACAGUACCAGCAGCAGCAGCACCACAACCUCAACGCUAACCACAACGUCAACGGCGGCGUGGUGAGAGCUGAAAGAUCAUUGAUGAUCCCCCCCAAAACAUCUCCCCACAUAUUAAGCAGCUAGUUAUAAAAUAGUUUUUAGCAGCGCGCUGGUUACGCGUACGCAUGGAUUACAGAGGUUGCAACUGGUUGCUGUAGCUUGCUCUCUGUAUUCCGACAGUCUUCCAUUUAUCUCUUUUCCGUCUUUUAACUUUCGCCAACCCAAUACGCCCAAUGUUCAAUAACUCCGCUCUGUCUCCGCUUCCGCCGCCAGCUUUUGACGUGCAAUACGAAUCAUCUCAUAGUUUGUUCUCACCACUCGGUCUCUCUGUAUCUCUCUGUGUAUCUUUAAUGCUUUUGGGCGCUUAGCGUCCUUUUUAUUCCACGUGUUUUCAACAUUUUUGAAAUGUGUGCAAGGCGGCGCAAACGCUUGAUGGAGUUUGAUAGUUGGGAGCAGGGUUCUUCUUCCCAUUUAGCUGUGCUAAAUUUUAAUUCUUUCCCCUCUAACAUUUGUGAACCCUUUCACCUGGUUGAUUGUGUCUGUAACCAGCAGCAGGAGCGCGUCUCAUCGUGUAUUUAAUAUUGUGUUUCGGACUAAGUUAUGAUUAUAAUCAUAUAGAGAGCGACAUUCAUAGAAGCAUCCUCAUUCAAGCGUAACCACAACACACACAUACUUAUACAUAGAAUUAUCGUAUGUAUAAAAUUAUAGUUUGUAAAUAACACGGACACGGACACGAAAUCCUUGGAAAUCUAUCGGAAAAAAUCUACAAUCACAAAUGUAUUAGUUUUGCAUUUUCCAAGGCGUGAGAAUCACACGAAGAUCACUUUCAUCGUAUAUAUAUAUAUCCAUAUACACAUAUUAAUUAUUAACACUCCCGACCCCCGCAGUGGAUGUGUGCGACAACCCAGUUUUUAAUAUCAUCUAACCCUCUGCUGAUGAUUUCGGAUGAGAUAAAACGCGACGCAUAUGCGAGCGUACGAUACACACAUAUACAGAAUAAUAAUAUGACGAAGGGAAAGUCUAGAAGUCUAGGGAUAAGUCAGAAGCAACAAAAACUAACGAGAGAAUGAGAAAAGAAUAAGGAAAAACACAACAAAUUAUUAUAUUUUAAUGUUAGUUGAACUACUAAAAGUAAUAAUUGAGGAGGAAAAGAUGAAUACUGAUAUAAGAUUGAUUACGAUGACAGCGGAUUAUCGAGAUGAGAUAAAGGAUGAUCGGAUGUGGAUCUGAAGAUCGGAAUAGAUUUUAGUUGGGCGAGUGCCGCCCGCUAUCAUUAUGAUUAAUAUUACGAUUACAAUUACGAUUAUGAUAUAUGGAAUACUAAAACCUAUAACAAACAACAAGUUAUUACCCCACUAUUAAAGUUAACAAAAAGGAAAAACAACCACAAGCCCCUAAGGAAAACAACCCAAACCCAAACCAACACACCCCCCAUACACAUAUAUAGACAUAAAUAUAUAUGACGACUAGGCACAACUCUAAAAAUUAUAAUUAAUUAUAUUGUAACCCCCCUAUAAACUGUGCUUAUGUUGAAAACAGUUAAGAACACAACAACCAGAACAAGAGAAGUUGAAACGAAAGAGCGAAACGAUAAUGAAGAGAACGCCCCAAGCGCCACAAGCAAAACAACAUAUCUGCUUUAAAUUUUACAAAAACUAAACAGAAAACCAUAAAAAAAAAAACCCUAAAAAAA